AUGAAUCAAAACUGUGUGCUACACCACAAUAUUAUUGAACAAUCAAAACAACAACAACAAUCCGAAUGGAUACAAAUACCACCGGAAUUGUUUUGUUUCAUCUUUGAAUUUAUUUCAUGGAAUGAAGCACAUGCCUUUGCAACACAAGUGAAUAUGAAAUUGUAUAGAAAAUUAAUGUUCGAGGAUCGUGAUGCCCAUAUUUAUCGAAUGUUUUUUAAACGAUUAUUGGAACGUGAAGCAAAAUUAUUAUUGGAACGACUCAAUCAAGGAAACAACCAAGUCAUGAGGCCAAGUGGGACCACACAUUCAAGAAGUUUGUCUCAAUUACGGAAUUCUGUAAGGAAGUUCUUGAAAACAACUUAUCGCAUGUUUCCUGACUUGUGUCAAAUGUAUGGAGAACAAGUCAUUGCAGCUGUUGAUCGACAAGCUCUGAAACUUGAAGAAGAACGACAAAGUAGAACCACUCCAAGUGCUCCUUCCAAUCGAAUUUUCACACCACCAAAAAGUUUGAAAGAGUCCAUUUCGAAAUGUGAAAAACGAAUCGUAAAGCCAUGCAACUGGAAGAAGGCACUACAAGGCCAUUUCAAGCAACACAAGCUUCUAGAGUUGGACAUUCUGCUGCAUUCUCCACUGAAAUUGAAUGCCAUGAUCGAAAAAAAUCGUUAUUACAUGAUGAGUAAUCAAGAUAUUGUACAACAAAUUCAUUCACAAAUAAUUGAGACCUUCUCUCGAAUAGAGUUGCUGACUCAAGCCAUUCCAAUCACUUACCCGGGUCACGUUUUGUAUAGCGAACGUUUGAAAUUUGGAGCAUUGGGCUAUAAUAUUUUCUUUUCCCUCGUCAAACUUGUACUAGACUCUCACAUGAUAACUCUCAUUCAGGAGGAAUUGAAAGAACAGCAACAACGGAGAAAUGAGGCCUUUGUUUUGAGAAUUUUUGAAUUCUUUGUUGAAGCAUAUUUUAACAGUUUUGGACAUUACAAUGUUUUAAUUGAGGAACCUUAUGAGGAUAUGAAUAUCUUAGUCAUGAUUGUGCAAUUGAAGAGUCCUCAACUUUUACUGCACGUGUUUCAGAAAUAUGGAGCCUAUUUGUCCGAACACAUGACCAAUCGCUCAAAGGUCACACUUGUAGUGCGAUUCAUACGCCAUUUAAUACCAAUGCAUGUUGUGAAAACGUGUCUACUUGAACACACAAAAAUUCUUUGUAGCGAGUUGAUUUGUGAUAGAAAAUUGUACCCAUUUCAAAAGGAACGAAAUAUUAUUCAUUAUUUGGUUGGUAUUAAUGGAAAGUGUGGAUUUGAUGAGAAUGAUUAUUUCAAAGAGUGGAUUCAUUUAGUGGAGACUAUUAUUGAUCAAGCAUAUAAGAGUGGGAAAUUGCAAGAAUCCACAAAAACUCAAUUACUUAAGCUCUUUGGAGAAAAGAACAGCAGUAAUUUUUCUCCCAUCGAAUAUUUGCAAUAUAAUGUCUACAGAGAUGAAAAGAAAACAAGUCAUGGCAUCAUUUUCAAAGAAUUCAUUGAACGGAAAAUUGGUGUUCAUAUUCGACUCCAAUUUAAGAACCUUCAAGACAAGUAUUGCUCCAGAUUUACCAAUCACAACAUGUUCUUUUCUUCAAGGAGACAUUAA